UUCUUUUGUUAUUGGAAUUGUUCAGAGAUCAUUUCUUAUUAAAGUUUUUAUUUAUUCGUACUACUAUAUACCAAAUAGACACUUCGCAUCGUACGGAGGAUUAUUUUAAAUAUAUAAUGCGAAAAUUACGAUUGUCUGUUUUUUAUUUCAUACCAAAUGUGCAUGGUAUAUACUCGUGAAGUAUACAUGGCUAACUCGUAGAACACUGCUUUAUCUUUGUUCAGAUGUAUUGAACUUUUCCCCAUAGAGCUGACAUUCAGUUUGUAUGCAAGCGUUGCAAAGGUGAGAUUAUAGAGAAUGAAGUAUUUCCGGCUUUAAUGAUGUACAACAGUGGCUCGUUAGAGAUAGUUGAGAACUUCUGUUACUUAGGUGACAUGUUGGGCAGUGAAGGGGUGUUGGAAGAAGUGUUACUUGCAGGAUAGGUUCUGCUUGGAAAAAAUUCAGAGAGUUAUUUCCUUUGUUGACUAGCAGAGUUUUGUCAAUAGAGGUAAAAGGUAGGUUGUAUGAGGCCUGUGUAAGAAGUGUUAUGAUGUACCAUAGUGAGACAUGGGCAGUGAAGCAGGAAGAUCUUGACCGUUUAAAAAGGAAUGAUAAGAGAAUGGUUAGGUGGAUGUGUAACGCCAGUCUGAGAGACAGAAAUAGUUUAGAUGAGCCAAGAAGCAGGCUAAGUAUCCGUAGAAUUAAAGAUGUUAUCCAGAUAAGAAGAUUGAAUUGGCUGGGGCACUUGAAAAGAAUGGAGGAGGAUAUUUGGGUAAGAAAAUGUAGAGACUUGAUAGUUCCUAGGGAAAAGCCCAGAGGCAGACCGAAAAAGACUUGGCAGGAGGUUAAAGGACAGACUUGAUACAGAGGAAGUUGAGUUUAGAUCUAACACAGUCUAGAUCAGAUUGGAAGAGGGUCAUUAAUAUAGCCUGUCCAACCCAUGCUAGCAUGGAAAACGGACGUUAAGCCGAAAAUGAUGAUGAUGAUAUAUGCGGAAAAUUUUUUAUAUAUAAAUCGAAUAUCUUUUUUAUUCAAGGGCAAUUUAGUUAAUUAUAAAAUAUUUCAAAAAACGAUGGGUGAACUGCAACUAUGUUAAGUGUACUCCACUUUACUACAAUUUUGAUAACAGUCGGUGCCUCUAGCACCUAUGUCAUGUAUUUAAAUUAUGCAACAGGGCUUGAUACAGAACAUUGUGGAAACUUAACAAGUCCAUGCAAAACAUUGAUGUUUUCAUGGAACUCUUUGAGAGCUCGCCUCCUUAUUUAUGAUAUCGAAGGAGAUAUUUUGUUCAAAAUAACACCUGGCUAUUACGAUAAACAAGUUGAUGUACAGCCGCUUCAGUUUGACUGUUUGCGCACAAAUAUAUCAUCAUUCACCGUAAUGUCGGACGUAUCAAAGCAGGUGGUAAAACAGGGCGUUGAGAUAUGUCAAUCAUUUCACUUGAGCAACUGCAAUGUUUCGUUCUAUGGCAUACAUUUUACGAGCCUUCGACAGGGCGUCACAUUAACUGAUUCAAGUUCUGUUCGCAUUAAAAACUGCAAAUUUAAAAAGAACGUCCUCUACCCGCUUCUUAAUAUUGAUACCGCUUGGUCAGUCCGCCUUGAACAUGUGGAAAUUAUUUACAAUACUUUGCAGAUUUCGAAAAGGAAGUUGGAACUAAAAGAAAUAAAAAAUUUCGACAUGUCGAACCUGCUUAUAAAGGAAAAUAAAAAUUUGCACAUUGUGCUAAAGUACAAUAGCGCUGUACAAAGUGAUAACGUUUCCAUUAUACACAACGAAAACUUCACACUUCAUAUUACUGACUCAGCAUAUACUGCAAGUCAUUUGGCACUGGAACGUAACCAUGGCAACAGAGCGUCACAUAAAUAUGUCGAAUUUAGAAGUAACGCUACAAUUCUUCUGAAGUAUACCAAAGUGAGAUGCAAUAAAUACAUCGAUUCAAGAUAUGCUAGUGUGUUCCAAGCUCAGAGGGGAAGUACCCUGAAAUGUGAAGAUUGCGUCGCACAAGAAUGCAAAGUACUUUGUGGGCCUGGUGAAGAGAUCACGGAUGAAGUACUGUGCACAAAAUGUUCGCUUGGUUUCUCAGCACACUACUGGGAACAGAAAUGCAGAAAAUGUAGGUAUGGAUACUAUUCAGCUAAAGUCGGCGCAACUGAUUGUGUGGCAUGCUCAAAAGGAACUUUUUGCUCUAAAUUUGGAUGUACGUCUUGUAGAAAAUGCACAAAUGAGUUCUUUACAUCAACCAAAGGCUCCAGCUCGUGCUCGCAAAUGAGUACUUUAUUUAUCGUGUUACUGGGCGUGGUGAUUUUGUUGACUUUCAGUCCAAUUAUUAUAAUAACUGUACGCAAAUCACGAAGAACGAAUGUUGAUGAAGACAAUGAGGAAGAGAGUGAUGUCGAGGAGGAGAGUGUCAAAAUGCAUAAGAACAAUGACAACACGAAUGAUGAACAACAGCUCAUCAAAAAUUAAAAUUUCGCUUCCUUGGUGCGAAAAGCUUUUUUUGACAUUUUGUUUUACGGUUGAAUCUUGCUUAAAUUGUAAUAUGAAUGUUAUCUUAA